ACUCUAGGAGGAAGAAGCCGGCCGGGCCCCGUCAGGAGGCGGCCGCCGCUGUUCUGAGGGACUGUGGCCGCGCUCCUGGGAGCGGGUCUGGGGCUCAGCCGGCGGCCCGAAGGUGCGGCGCCAUGAAGCUGUACAGCCUUAGUGUCCUUUACAAAGGCGAUCCGAAAGCGGUGCUGCUCAAGGCCGCGUACGACGUGUCUUCCUUUAGUUUCUUCCAGAGGUCCAGUGUGCAGGAAUUCAUGACCUUUACAAGUCAACUGAUUGUGGAACGCUCGGGGAAAGGCAGCAGAGCUUCUGUCAAAGAACAAGAGUAUCUUUGCCAUGUCUACGUCCGGAGCGACAGUCUGGCAGGUGUGGUCAUUGCUGACAGCGAAUACCCUUCCAGAGUGGCCUUCACCUUGCUGGAGAAGGUACUAGAUGAAUUCUCCAAGCAGGUGGAUAGAAUAGACUGGCCAGUAGGAUCCCCGGCUACAAUCCAGUACACAGGCCUGGACGAUCACCUUAGUAAAUACCAGAACCCCCGAGAAGCUGAUCCCAUGAGUAAAGUGCAGGCCGAACUGGACGAGACCAAAAUCAUUCUGCACAACACCAUGGAGUCUUUGUUAGAGCGAGGCGAGAAGCUUGAUGACCUGGUAUCCAAGUCAGAAGUGCUGGGAACACAGUCGAAAGCCUUCUAUAAAACUGCCCGGAAACAAAACUCUUGCUGUGCAAUCAUGUGACGUAGCCCACGGAGGCAGGCGCUGGAUCGUCACGUCACAUCAGCCCCUGGCGACAAGCAGUGUCUAGAAGAGGAUCUGGAGCCAGGCAGACUGGCUGCUUUUAUUUUGAAGUUCCCAAGAGGAAUGGAGGGAUGCUUUAAGGGUGGGAACAUUGAUGUUCGUAUGUGUGGUUGUGACUUUGGGAAGGAAUUUGAGGACCUCCAAGAUGUAAUGUUGGGAAAAUGAAACCAUAAACUCUAAGUGGCUCUUAUAGGUGCUGAAGGGCUUAUUCUCAGCUAACCCUGGAAGGCUCUAGGGAGGGAGUCUUUUUCCUGAUCCUUGGUAUGACUUAGGAUUCAUUUGUGCAUUCACGAUAUUAACUCUCCAUGAAUGGGGUGGGGGAGGGGCUGGGGUGAUAGGGCUGGGGUGGGCAGAGUCUGAACACUCCAGCAUUCUACUACCUUGCACUGUGGGGGCAGGGAGAAAGUCACCAUGGCCAGAGAAAGGUAGUGGUCACUGGGUCUCACAUGUUUAGCUUGCCUGCCUGGUAGGACUGGCUUCUGGCAGGGACAGGGCCUAUCCUAAGUACCUUCACCCAGUAUCACAAAGAUGACUUUGUGGGAGGUACUUAGAAUGGGCUAAGGUGGACAGGCUGUGUAAGUUUUAUCAGCUAGCAGACUGAGUGUGGGCUGGAAUUGUUCUGGUGUUGGGAGGGUCAGCUGGGAGUGUCCAUCUUUAGGGAAGAAGCAGACACAGGUGCCUUCAGCUGUCCAGUAUGGAGGAACACUCACCUGGACUUGCAGUUGGACUUUGAACAUCAAGAUCAAAUUAGUGGAUGCUGUCGUCUCUUAAAGCUGGUUUUAUUUGUCUCUGGUCCACAAGAGUGUUUUGGCAACUGCCUGGAGCUUGCAUGUUGGGACAAAUCAGGACAAGUGCCAGCAGCCUGAAUAUUUCCAGUGCCUACCUGUGGUCUGUCCAGUUCUGGCCUGUAAGCCCUUCCCUAUCAGAGACAGUUGCAGAGUAGAGGAUAUUGAGGGGUUGAGGGGUUGAUCUGAGCUGGUGCCACUGCGAGCACAGCCUACAUGGUGAAUCCAGAGUGUGCCCGGUUCCACAUCACCUCUUCAUGGUCUGCUGUGCACAAACUAUAUCCGAGAGAUCCUGUCUCCCCAAAAGCCACUGCUGGGAUGCUGGCCUCUGAUUUUUGAGCCAGCGUUGUCUCACUCUGAUCCCUACCCUGAGCCUGCUGAACUGCCCUCAGAGUGCUCAUAUGGGGAGGGGGAUAUCUACUGUGGCUUCCAAAAGUCCCCACUAGUUGGUGUACCUGUCUAUUUCUCUGGAUACUGCUAGCCAAAGGGCUCGGGCCCCCCCCUGGACUGACCUGCCCAUGUAAUUUUCCCACUGCCACAGACCUCUCCAACCCAGGGCCCCUGGACAGCACAGAUCCAGUGUGUUGCUGGCACUUGAGGUGUAAUAAAUGGCCUGGGGUGCUGCCUCUUUCUCUUGUUGCUCUGGGGGUACUGGGGAGGAGGAGAGGUGGGUGGCAGUAGAAGUUUGUGGGGAGAAGGUAACCUUUGCCUACAUAUGGCUGUCCUACAGGGUCUCCCUUGCCUGCAGUGGGAGAGUUGCCCAGUGGUUCCCCAUCCCCCAUUAUAUUCUAAUGCUAAAUCACUUGGCAAGAGUGUAUUUUAAUGAUGCCUAAUUUCUCUAUGUUCUGUUUGAAGGUUUCUGUCCAGAUAAAAUUGUCUUUUGAAAUUCAA